AACUGACGAUCCUUACCCCCGAACCUCCGUUCCAGCCAUCAAUGGGGUUUGUUUAGUGAACGUUGGGGGCGUGGAUAGCCUCCUUCGAACUAUUUCUACAUCCGUCACCGGACCUCACUCCUCUGCCUUCCCGAUCCUCGUUUCUCGGUCAUAGCCAUGGCGAUCCGAAAGCUCCUCGCGCUCUCUCGCCGCCGACUCGUUCCCUCCGGCCAUCGAUCCACCUCCACCACCUCCGCUGCUAUUCUGGCAACUCCAGCCGCCGCCGCCCCCUCCCUGGCCAACCCCCCGGUGAUGCCCUAUGAUCGGAUUGCCCAGGAAGUACGAUCCAAGAUCAAGAAGCUAGAUGAUCCCGACCCUCGAUUCCUCCGAUAUGCCUCCCCUCAUCCCGACCUCGCAGACCACACUCCCAUCCUCGCCGCCCCCGAGACCCGUGUGACCACCCUUCCCAACGGCCUCCGCGUCGCCACUGAGUCCACUCUCGCCUCCCGCACCGCCACCGUCGGCGUGUGGAUCGACGCGGGAAGCCGAUUCGAGACGGACGAGACCAACGGGACAGCGCACUUCUUGGAACACAUGAUCUUCAAGGGUACGGAGUCGCGGACGGUUCGGCAGCUCGAAGAAGAGAUCGAGAACAUGGGAGGACAUCUGAAUGCUUACACAUCGAGAGAACAGACCACCUACUAUGCCAAGGUGUUGGAUAAAGAUGUGCCCAAGGCGUUAGAGAUCCUUGCUGACAUACUUCAGAAUUCGUCUUUUGAUGAGAAGCGCAUUGAAAGGGAGCGGGAUGUCAUUCUUAGAGAGAUGGAGGAGGUGGAGGGACAGACGGAAGAAGUUAUUUUUGACCAUUUACAUGCGACUGCAUUCCAGUACACUCCGCUUGGCAGAACUAUACUGGGACCAGCUCAAAACAUUAAUUCAAUUACUAAAGAGCACCUUAAAAAUUACAUAUCAACUCACUAUACCGCCCCUAGAAUGGUUAUCUCAGCUGCUGGUGCCAUUAAGCAUGAGGAUCUUGUUGAGCUAGUGAAAAAGAAGUUUCCAAAGCUGUCAAACAAUCCUAUUACAGCAUCUCAGUUGAUGGCAAGGGAACCAGCUAUUUUUACUGGUUCUGAGGUUAGAAUAAUAGAUGAUGAUAUUCUACUUGCACAAUUUGCUAUCGCAUUUAGUGGAGCAUCUUGGACAGAUCCAGAUUCCAUUGCUUUAAUGGUUAUGCAGUCUAUGCUGGGUUCUUGGAACAAGAAUUCAGGCUGGGGGAAGCACAUGGGUUCAGGGCUAGUCCAAAGAGUUGCUAUCAAUGAUAUUGCAGAAAGUGUAAUGGCCUUCAACACAAAUUAUAAGGAUUCUGGUCUUUUUGGUGUUUAUGCAGUAGCCAAGCCAGAUUGCUUGGAUGAUUUGGCCUAUGCAAUAAUGCAUGAGAUAAGCAAGUUGUGUUACAGAGUUUCAGAGACUGAUGUUAUUCGUGCUCGAAAUCAGCUUAAAGCUUCUCUACAACUUCACAUGGAUGGUACCAGCCCUAUUGCCGAGGAUAUUGGCCGACAGAUACUUACAUAUGGUCGUAGAAUUCCAGUUGCUGAACUUUUUGCUCGGAUAGAUGCAGUGGAUGCAAGCACUGUUAAGCGUGUUGCUAACCGCUUCAUAUUUGAUCAGGAUGUUGCACUUGCAGCCUUGGGACCUAUCCAGAGCCUUCCAGAUUACAACUGGUUCAGACGCCGAACCUAUAUGCUCCGCUACUAGUUCGAAUUCUGCUCUGCUUUUGGUUGUUUGUUAUCUAUCAGUUUCUUUGUUAGCUCACCUUCCUGAAAUGUUGUGGUAGUAGGUUAUGUGUACCCUUGCCAUCAAAAUGUCUUGGGUCUGAAACAUCAGUUUUUUCCCCUUUUCCCAAUAAAACUGUUAACUGCCCAAGAGUUGAGAAAUUCUGUUUUACUCGUAAGAAUUUUCCUUCCA